CUGCAGACGCUGCCACGUUCCUGAACGCCAACACACCUCCCUCGCCCAGAAUUGUAUAUUAGUUGUUCCGAAUUUACCUUGAGUAUACAGUAUACUCCGCAGCAGAAAGCAUCCAUGGCAUCAUCUACUAUCAAUGCAAAGUCCGAGAACAAGUCCAAGGUCCUCAAGGUGGAGCCGUUGGACCAGAAAGAUGCCAAGUGGGCCACCUUAGUCAAAAUCACGUAUACAGACCCUGAGGGAGUCGAGCGCACAUGGGAGUCAGGCGAGCGCCUCACACGCCCCAAAGACUGUGACAUCGAUGGCGUAGGCGUCGUUGCCAUCCUCCGAGACCCGUCCAAACCCGACGAGUCUCCCCGUAUCGUUCUCCAGAAGCAAUGGCGUCCGCCUGUCAACGCUACCGUCAUUGAGAUUCCUGCCGGUCUCAUCGAUCCGAAUGAGACGCCUGAGACAUGUGCGAUCCGUGAACUCAAAGAGGAGUGUGGCUAUGUAGGGGAGGUCAUGGACGGUGAUUUUGGAGUCAGUCCAAUCAUGUUCAACGAUCCCGGCUUCUGCAACACCAACCUGAGGAUGAUACAUAUCUCAGUCGACAUGUCCAAGCCGGAGAAUCAGAAUCCGCAACCGGAACUCGAGGACAACGAAUUUAUCGAAACAUUCACGGUUCCCCUUACCGACCUCUGGACUGAGUGCAAGCGGUUUGAGGAGCAGGGAUACGCCAUCGAUGCGCGGGUGGGCACACUGGCGGAGGGAGUCGAGCUGGCUAAGCGUUGGAGGUUAGCGUAAGAGGUAUUUGAAAAGAUGCUCUUCACGGGUGUGAUUUGCAAAAGUUCUUCGAAGCGGAUAUGUGAUCAGA